UUUGAUUGAAUUUUUUUACAGGUUUAUAUUUUAUUAAAUAAUGACUUACCCUGAUAGAAAUAGAACAAAGAAAUUAGAUUUUGUAGACACUCAAAAGCUUUCUUCUACGUUUGUUCUUUUAUGGUACAAGGAUUGUGAAAAAGAUGAGCGGCAUACCUCUCCCAUAUCACUUUCAAAUACACUUUUUAAGCAUUAUUCAUCCGUUGAAUGCCUUGAAUUUCAAGUGAAAAAUGUAGUGCAUGUUUCUAUUGCAAAUAUACAACACGCAGCUGUCAUCAUCUAUAAGGGGUCUAUUACCCAAUGCUGUAAAUUUGAAACAUUGCUAGAUAACUUCAUGGACGAUUUUGGUGAUGAAAAUUCUAGCACUGAUGAAGUAAGCAAGUUUGCCCUCAAUUAUAUUGAAGGCAAUACUAACGGAAAAAGAAAACAUUCUGAUGGAGACCAAUCCUCAGAUUCAGAGAAUAUUGCACCGGUCUCAGAACAUACAGGCCUAAGCGAAACUAAAUAUAAAUCGACUCCUAAAUCAAAGGUGCUGAAAAAAAAACAUGUAAAUGAAGUGUUGAAUGAAAAUUCAGAAUCAGAGUCCUUUGCAUCAUUUUAUAACAGUCAAAAAGGAUCUAAAAAAAGUGAAGCACAGAUUAUGGCUUUGGAAAAGCGGAAGCUUGACAUGCUACUUGACAAUGUUGAUGCUCCCAGAGCAUUGAUGCUUCCAAUAAUUAGUGAUGUUCCUAAAACAAAACACUGUGGUUCACCGAAGUUAAGCAAACUAUCUUGUUUAGAAGCAAUUUUGAUUGAACAAAAGAAACUUCUUUUUGAACAAAAGAAGACCAACAAACUGUUGUCUGAAAUUUUGCGCCCAAUAGAAAAAGAAUCUGUAAAUAAUGAUAAUGCCGUGUAUACUGGUUUUGAUGCCGAAUUUAAAUUGCACGACAUUCAAAAACGAGAACCAUGUAGCUUUGCAAGAAAAUUUAUUUUGUUGCGAUUCGGAAAGGAGUUUACUUGCACGCGUAUUUGUGAACCAAACGGACCUACUGCACGCAUUCAUAUGGAGAAUGAAGAAAUUCAGGAAGUUAAAGGUGCACUUGACAAAGUGUUUACGUCUUACAACUGGCGUGUUGUUCGGGCGAGUAUUAAUCAAUUUUUCCGAGACAAUAAAAGUAGUACAAAAGUUUGAAGACUAAACAAAUGAGUGACAUUUUUCUUGUGGUGUGGGGUUGUCAGCGUUUUUUGCUUAUCCCCCCC